CCAGCCGAAGUUGGCGAGCCUUCAGUGGACAUUGAACAUGUCAGUGAUCGCGGGGGUGACUGCGAAAUGGAUGGUCCAUCGCAAGAAGUCCUCCCGCCGCCUGUGAAACGAAAGCGUCGUCGGAGAAAGCGAACAGUUCCGAAGGUGGACGAGAGUGUCAAUGAGAAUGCGCCAGAGCCCUCAACUGAAUCUGAGGUAGCUCUCGGCACGGAUGAGCCAGGAGUAGUGAAGGAAAGUGUUGAAGUACCUGCAUCGGUUGAGAUGAAGAGUGAAAGCGACCACGAUGUCCCUGUUGCAGCGGAUAACGUUGAUACGGAAAUAGGGAUAUCUGCUUCAGCUACUGCAGAAGAAACAAAGAUCAGCAUACCCGCUAUUUCAGCUCAGUUCCUAAAUACGAACAAAUGUGACUUGGAGGGACCACAUGCCAGCGAAAAAACUGCGACAAACGACAUUGACAAGCAGACGAAAACAAGCACUGACAAUCUUCCUUCAGGUUCGAUGAACCUCCCGACCUAUUCAAGACAAGAUACCCCGAUCGGAGCCCCCGCAGAAGUAAAAAAGAGUCCGUUGAUAUCGCGUUAUUCCCGGUUCGAAUUCUUGGCUAACAGCAUGAUAAUCACCGAUGUGACUACAGAGAGAGGAACUGUAACCGUGAAGGAGUGUUCGGCGUAUGAAGGGUUUUAUGGCCCCGAACCGGACAAAUCUAGUUGA